AUGGACGGUGACAACGAGAUGAACGCCGAUGGGAGUACCGGUGAAACUUCCAAAGCUGGUUUGAGACGUAUGAGGAGAUUAGCUAGUCAAGUACCUCACCUGCAAUCCAGUCCCAGAGGAGCAAUCCAUCCUACUACAUCCACUUUGAUCUACCCUACGCCACCCUCAUCCCACAUCCAAGGAUACCUCACAUCAUCCAUAUUUAACACUUCUCAUCCGAGAAAACUACCGACUCCUCCUAUCCUACAGCCAGGCGAACAGAUAUCACACUCUCCAGAUGGUCUGUGGACAGUCAUCUACCAUCCGAGUCCCAUCCCUGAGUCUACCCCGGGAGGUACUUUGGCAAUAUAUCAUUCCGAUCAAUUACUCUCACCUACCACCAGUCCAUCGUCAAUCAUUCCCUUAUCCACUUUCUCUCUCCCCUCUUCGCCUUUGUCCGUCACACAUCUAUACCCUUCUCGAGUCCAUUUGGUCGGAUCACGUUCGGAACCAGCCGGACCGAGCCCUCUAGAAGUCGAGUAUGAUUCUGUCAAUGGACCAUCUUUUGUUGUACUCUUGGAAUCGUCAAUAUGGUACCUCUAUCCUACACCGGUCAUAAAUGGUCCAGUAACUUCAUGGACUAUGACAUACCUCACUUCGCCUAUUCAUACUCGGUAUCAUACGUCCUCCAUCACUUCGUCGGAUGGUCUCUUUCCCGGAAAUGGCUUUAAGAUCAAGAAGGGUUGGACCGGAUUGGUACCAUCGAAUAAAGGUAUAUGGGUCGGGUGGGAAACGAUAGAGGGAGAGAGGGGAGUGACUAGGGUGGAAGUUGGGAAAGAUAAAUAUGGAAAAAUUUAUCUACAAUCAACUCCUAUGCCUACUUUACCUAGAGUAACGGAUAUACCUUUCGAUGAGAACCGAUAUGAGCCGGAACUACAAGGUAUCAUUUUUGUAUAUCUGGCAAGAAAUUAUGCAGGAGAAACAAUCAAGAUGGAGCAAGAGAAUGUCAGCGGAAUGCAGGUUGAUGGUGAAGGCGGGGGUAACAAAGAAGACAGAGAAGUAGAGAAAGUAGGAGCUGUUCUAAUAUUCAACGAUACCUCCCGCACUCCGUCUGCGCCUGUAUCAAGAACACGUAUACAGCUCCUUUCCUUCGAAAGAAGGGCGAUCGAAUUGGCACAAGGGUUCAAUGACAUAUCCUCGGGACAAGGGGAUAUGGUCACUUCUUGGGACUGGUCGACCGUGCCAGACCCGAUACAACAUUACGCCUCACCUACAAAUACAUCUAUAUUAGCUUUAUAUCCUCUGUUAUCCCUUCUACCGUAUACCAUGGCACUAGCCAUCAUAUGUCAACCUUCUGGCCUCUCCUUGGUGCAUAUAAACCUGUCAGCCAAUCAAUGGACUACGGUGGGAGAUCCGAUAGACUUAGGCGAGCUGAGAGGGGAGGUCGACCUUGACCUGGUGGUUAGCCAGGGUGUAGCACGCGGUCAGAUGGGAUUGGCUGCUCUGAUAGGCAAAGAGAGUGCUCCUGCACUACUGGUCCUACCUCGCUUAGAAGGUCAACCUACUCUCGAUAAAUCGUCAAUGGAAGUGUCGAUCGGAAGCGAUGCAGCUACCUCUAUCAUUAUAGCUGAGAAAGACGGGAUAGACUGGUCAGAUGUGAUCAGGGCUGCAAUCGGUUCAACCGGAGUAGGAAAACGCAAAGACCUGAUUUCGGAUAUCAGCAAGCAGAUAUAUACAUUGGGGAUGGAUCUGGUGGAAGUAGAUGAACUCAAUUUAUUACUGAAAGCUCAGAUAGCUUUGUUCAGUUCGACGGAAGACGCUCGUCUCGACCUUGCUAGUGAUAUCCUCCGUUUGAACGAGGCUAGUCAUCUGGUAGAUAGAUGUGCAAUCUUUGAGAAAGAUGGGAAAAUUGGGUUUGAUUUGGACUCGAUAUGGCCCCUUAUAGGAACGAUGGAAUGGUGUAUAACCACCAUCACCACAACCAUGCGCUCAGUAAUCCUCUUAGGAGGUCAUAUGGAAUACUCCAAUAUCGAUUUAGAAGAGUACCUAGAACGACCAACUUCCAUCAUCAUACUGAUCCAACCUGAAUACCGACAGCUGGUGAUCAAAAUACUAUCUCAAUUGAACCAGUUGAUUGGAUUUCUAGAUAAGUUGGAUGGGCCGAUCUUACAACCUGAAACUAAGGUAUUACCUCCCCGUUUGAAGAGGGAUGCGAUGGCUACAAUCCUUGCUAGAGAUCGGAUUAGGGAUGUGGCCUAUAGGAAUGGGAUGGAUCUGAUCGAAUGGGGAAAAGCAUUAGAACGAGUAUCGACUAAGGAUAUACCUGAAAAAUCAAUCAGCUCAUCUUUAUACAACCUAUUACUCAUCCCUCUAAAAGAUCAUUUAUCAAGAAUCAUCAAUGAUCUACCCAAUUCAUCUGAAAUGUUCUUGUCGGUUACGCAAUCAUCCCUUGGGGAUACUUCUACGACUUUAUACGAUUCCAUCACCUAUUUGCCUAUAGCUGCAUCUGCCCAUUCCAUUGUGAAUGGAAGGAAGAGAAUAAGCUGUGAGAGGUGUUUGAAUUUCACCGAAGAGGUACCCACCGAUAUAAACGGAAUUGCUAGAGGAGUUAGCUUCAAUUCACCUUGGAACGAGUGGAAGGAUUCUUUCCAGGAGCAUUGUUUAUGCGGUGGGAAUUGGGUGAGAAUAAAGUAA